AAGACCAUGGCAGUGGAGCAGGAUGCAGACAGACCCACAUGGAGCAGGCAGAUUGAGUUCACUCUGGCCGGGAUUGGCUGUGCUGUAGGUUUGGGGAAUGUCUGGAGGUUCCCAUACCUGUGCUACAGGAGUGGUGGAGGUGCGUUCCUGGUGCCUUACCUGCUAAUGUUGGUGGUACUGGGCAUCCCCCUGUUACACAUGGAGCUGACUCUGGGUCAGUACCUGAGAAGGGGGCCUGUCCUGGCCCUGACCAAAGCCUGUCCCCUGUUCAAAGGUGUGGGCAUGGCAACAGUGGCCAUCUCUUUCAUCAUGUGCUCGUAUUAUAAUAUAAUCAUCACAUGGGCGCUUUACUACAUGUUCAGCUCUUUUCGGAGUGAGCUGCUUUGGCAGAACUGUAACAACACCUGGAAUACUGCAAACUGCACAGACCGUGUGACCAACAGCUCGUCAUCAUCCACCGCCAGCCAACAGUUCUUCAAUUUUAAGGUUCUGCAGAGGACCAGCGGUGUGGACGAGACGGGAAUAUUACGGUGGGAACUCUUCCUUCUGCUGCUACUGGCCUGGAUCCUCGUCUACCUUUGCAUCUUUAAAGGGGUCAAAUCAACUGGGAAGGUGGUGUAUUUCACAGCUCUGUUCCCUUAUGUGAUACUUUUGGCUCUGUUGAUCAAUAACGUGCAGCUGCCUGGAGCUAUGGACGGUAUUCGAUUCUUCAUCAUACCAGAGUGGGAUAAACUGCUCAAUGUAGAGGUAUGGGUUAAUGCAGCAGCUCAGAUCUUUAACUCCAUUGGGAUUGGCUUCGGCUCUUUGAUGGCGAUGUCCAGCUACAACUCCUUCAACAACAAUAUCCUCAAAGACACUCUGGCCAUUGCCAUCACAAAUUCUGCCACAAGCAUUUUUGCUGGAUUUGUCAUUUUCUCUGCAUUUGGUUACAUGUCUCACCUUCAGAACGUGCCAGUCAGUGAGAUUGCAGUCGAUGGACCAGGGCUGGUGUUUGUAGUUUACCCACAAGCCUUUGUAACGAUGCCUGUCGCUCCUCUGUGGGCCGUACUCUUCUUUUUCAUGCUACUCUGCCUCGGCCUCGACAGUCAGUUUGCUAUGGCCGAGGUAAUGGUGACCAGUCUGCUCGACAGCUACAGUCAACCCAUACUCAAAUAUCUCAGACGCAAGGAGUUCCUUGUGCUUGCAGUGUGCGGUGCAGCUUUCCUUCUGGGCAUCCCUCAUGUUAUGCAGGUUGGGAUCUAUGUGUUCCAGUUGAUGGAUCAUUACACCGCUAUCGUGUCCAUCAUGUUCUUGGCCUUUUUUGAGGUGAUUGGCGUGUGCUGGCUCUACGGUGUGAAGCGUCUCUCCAGUAACUUAAUAGAGAUGACGGGAAAGAGACCCAACAUCUUCUUCAGGGUUUGUUGGUGGGUGGUUUGUCCUGUUUUGAUCACUGUUAUUCUAGUGUUCUCAGUGAUUCAGUUUAAACCAGCUCGAUAUGAGAAUUAUGAAUACCCACCUUGGGCUCAGGGGGUCGGCUGGCUCAUCGCUAUGGCAUCUAUUAUCUGGAUUCCACUGGGGGCUGUGCACACACUCUGGGUUCUGCCCGGCUCGUUCACUGAGAGACUGAAGAAGUCCAUCACACCAUUUUCUCUGGACAAAGAAUCAGAGAGCCCGUAUUACUUGCAGAAAGGAGCCGUUAUGGAGGUGAUACCCAACGUUGUUGUCAUUGGCACGGCUGUACCUCUACCUGAAAAACCUCCAAUCCAGACUAAUUUAUGAACUACUAUUUAUCCUGGGGACUAAGCCUGACUUUGGCCCUGAUCUAGUCCAGCUGCCAUACAGACUGUGAUGUGAAGGAUUAUUUAUGGAUGUUUGAACACAGUUGGGUUUGAAAUUUAGGCCCAAAUAUCAGUUUCGACAAAUUCAGAGAAACCUACUGUUGGCUGGUCCAUUUGGGGAAGUUAUAAACAUUUCUUUUCUUAAGUGUACAGUCAUGGGGACCAUUUUUUAAAUUGUGAUUUCACUGUCUGGAAAGGUAAUUAAGUCUUGGAGCAUUCCAGAAAUAAAAUAGUUGUAAGCUCUGCAGUUCAAUAUUUCAUUGGCUAGAAUUUGCUCGUUUAGAGUAUAAAGACAUGUUUGUCUGAUUUGGAAGUGAUUCCUUUUUUUCAAUGUAUUGGUCUGAAUGAUUCAUUAGCGAAUCAGAGAUUGAAUCAGCUUAUCUCGGAAAUUCAUUGGUCGAAAAGUGUGUGAACGGAAGCCUUUAUAAAUGCACUUUAUAACAUCUGAAUGCACAAAACGAUCCAAACCUCAUAAACAAAAGAACCCUUUUUUAACUCAUUUGUUGCACACGUCAUAUCUACAGAAUAUUCCGGGUUCAAUACAAGUUAAGCUCAAUCGACAUAAUGUUGAUAACCACAAAAAUGUAUUUUGUUUGUUUUUGUAUAAAAGUAGGAAUGAGUUGAAAUAAUUUUUUGUAGUAAUCAACAUUAUGCCACAAAUGCUGUCGAUUGAGCUUCACUUGUAUUGAACCCGGAACAUUCCUUUUAGACAGAAUAUCACAUGGUAUAUACAGUCAAAAUUUGGAUACACCUCAUUCUUUAUUAUUAAUAUUUUUCAGUGUUUUAUAUUAAUUGUGAAGUUAUAACUAUGGGACAACAAAAAUGGAAGAAUGGUAUUAUUUAAAUAAUUUCAAACAAAUCAAAAUGGCUUCUAAAUCAAUAUAUAGAUGAAUAAUAUAAGACAGAAUAUUCUAAUAAAAUCUAUAUUUUAGCAUAUUGUGAGUAGCCACUCUGUGUCUAAAGCAUAAGCCUUUAUACACACACACAUACACUCCCACAUACACACACACACACACAUACUCACACUCUCUCACUCACGCACACACAUACACACUCUCACACACAUACACACUCUCUCACACAUACACACUCACACACACAAACACUCACACAUACACACUCACAUACUCACACUCUCACACACACACACUCACUCACAUUCUCUCACACACAUACUAACACACUCACACAUACACACUCACAUACUCACACUCUCUCACACACUCACAUACACUCACAUACACUCACACACACACUCACAUAUACCCACACUCUCUCACACUGACACAUACACACUCUCACACACAUACAAACACUCACACUAACUCAUUCUCACACACACUCUCUCAAACACACUCACACACACUCACUCACACACACACACAUACUCACACAUUCACAUACACACACAUACUCAUACUCACUCUCACACACACACACACACAUACUCACACAUUCACAUACACUCACACAUACUCACACUCUCUCACACACACACAUACUAACACACUCACACAUACACACUCACAUACUCACACUCUCUCACACACAAACACAUACACUCACAUACACUCACACACACACUCACGUAUACCCACACUCGCUCACACUGACACAUACACACUCUCACACACACAUACUAACACACACUCACACUAACUCAUUCUCACACACUCUCAAACACACUCUCUCACACACACUCACUCACACACACACAUAUUCACACAUUCACAUACACUCCCACAUAUAC